AUGCUAGUUGCCCCUGAGGGAGACCCGGAUGCACCAGACAUCCCGACCCCGCGCUCUUACGCAGAGGCGAUAGCGGGUCCCUACUCCUCUCAGUGGCAGACAGCCAUGGACGCAGAGAUGGCUUCCUGGAAGUCCACAGGCACCUACGUCGACGCUGUUCCCCCACCAGGGGCGAACAUCGUCAGUGGCAUGUGGAUUUUCAGGGUGAAGCGACCGCCGGGUUCUCUGCCUGUCUUCAAGGCGCGUUACGUUGCUCGAGGCUUCAGCCAGCGUGAGGGAGUCGACUUCUUCCAGACCUUCUCCCCCACCCCGAAGAUGACCACUCUUCGGGUGCUGCUGCACAUAGCCGCUCAGCGUGACUACGAGCUUCACUCUCUUGACUUCAGCACUGCUUUCUUGCAGGGCAGUCUGCACGAGGAGAUCUGGCUGCGCCGCCCUCCUGGCUUCACUGGGUCGUUUCCUCCUGGUACCCAGUGGAGCCUCUGCCGGCCAGUCUACGGUCUCCGCCAGGCACCACGUGAGUGGCACGACACACUGAGGACGACACUUGCGGCACUUGGGUUCGCGCCUUCUACUGCUGACCCGUCGCUGUUUCUGCGCACAGACACUUCGUUGCCGCCGUUCUACAUCCUCGUGUACGUCGACGACUUGGUCUUUGCCACUGCUGACACUCAGGCUCUCGCCCACGUGAAGUCGGAGCUGCAGAAGAGACACACGUGCACAGACCUGGGUGAACUGACAAGCUACCUUGGCUUGCGGAUCACCCGGGACAGAGCACGCCGCACCAUUACCUUGACUCAGUCACACAUGGUGCAGCAGGUCCUUCAGCGCUUCGGCUUCACGUACUCCUCGCCUCAGUCCACUCCUCUGCCUACCGGUCACCCGCUCUCAGCUCUGCCUUCGGAUGAGUCCGUAGAGCCGAGUGGCCCGUAUCCAGAGCUUGUGGGCUGCCUCAUGUACCUGAUGACCUGCACUCGUCCUGACCUUGCAUACCCUCUUAGCAUCCUUGCACGCUAUGUCGCUCCUGGCCAUCACCGGAAGGAGCACAUGGAUGCUGCUAAGAGGGUGUUGCACUACUUGUGCAGUACGUCGGGCAUGGGGCUAGUGCUUGGAGGGCGAGACCGAGUUGUUCUCACUGGACACUCAGACGCUUCUUGGGCGGACGACCAGGCCACUCAGCGGUCGUCUCAGGGUUACACCUUCAGCCUUGGCUCCGGUUCAGUUUCUUGGCGUUCUACACGUUCUUCUUCAGUUCUCAGCUCCAGUUGUGAGGCUGAGAUCUACGCCACAGCCAUGGCGGUCGAGGAGCUACGCUGGCUCACCUACCUGCUGACCGACUUGGGAGAGCAGCCUCGUUCUCCUCCAGUGCUGUACGUCGACAACAAGGCUGCCAUUGCCUUGUGUGAGGAGCACAGACUGGAGCACAGAACAAAGCACAUCGCUCUGCGGUACUUUCUGGCUCGUGAGCUGCAGCAGCGUGGUCAGCUUUGUCUGCGUUACGUGGCCACUCAGGCCAACACUGCUGACGUGUUCACCAAGGCGCUUCAGCCUUGUGACCAUCAGCGCUUCUGUACUCUUCUAGGCCUUGUGCCUACUGGACCUCACUUGCUUACUUCUUGA